AUGGACUAUGCAAAAGGGUGCCAAGAAUGUCAAAAACAUGCUGGUAUACAACAUGUUCCCGCAAGUGAAUUACAUUUGAUUGUUAAGCCUUGGCCGUUCAGGGGUUGGGCCUUAGACUUGAUUGGUGAAAUCAGGCCAGCCUCAUCAAAAAAUCAGCGCUAUAUAUUGGUUGGAAUUGACUAUUUCACAAAGUGGAUUGAGGUUGUGGCUUUAACAAAUGUGGAUCAGGAAGCUGUGAUUAAUUUCAUUCAAAACCACAUUAUUUAUAGGUUUGGGCUCCCUAAAACUAUUACUACAGACCAAGGGACAUUGUUUGUUGGGCGAAAAAUGCAAGACUUUGAUGAACAAGCAGGUUCUAGGCUGAUCACGUCAACGCCUUACUAUGCUCAAGCAAAUGGUCAAGUCGAAGCAGCUAACAAGGUCAUAAUUGGUUCAACUCCUUUUCGACUGACCUAUGGCCAUGAUGUUGUGUUGCCUGUGGAAGUUAUGAUGCAGUCAAUUCGAGUGCAAAGACAGUUGGAACUACCCACUGACCAUUAUUGGAAUUUAUUGUUAGAUGAGUUAAUUGAUGUAGAUGAGGAAAGAUUGCAAGCAUUUGAUGUAUUAGUUCGACAAAAAGAAAGAAUUGUCAAAGCUUACAAUAAAAAGGUUAAACCUAAAACAUUUAACUUAGGAGAUUUGGUUUGGAAAGUUCUUCUUCCCAUGGAUAGAAGAGAUAGGGUCUUUGGGAAAUGGUCACCUAAUUGGGAAGGGCCAUUCAAGAUUUCUCAGAUAUUAUCCAAUUGA